CCAGAAAGCGCCGCGAACAUUAAACGCCAGACCUCUCCGUCACCGGGGAAUAGUGUCAGAGGGCCAAGCGGUGCGACCUGCCGCCGCCCGGUUCCCCGCGUUGUCUGUGGGCUUUAAGCGCGGAUUUGUUUUUUCCUCCCUCCACCAAAGGCUUGAAGGGUAUGUUUUCACUUUCAGAGAUUAAAACCGAAGCGGCGCUGGUGAAGAACUGACAUGCUUGACACUUGUCUGCAGUUGCUUGUGCUGCGCUUCGUUGUUUACUCGAAAAGGAGAGACUGAGACCCUGUCACUUGGCUUCCUCUCGGGUUAUGAUAUAACUAAUAAUAAAGCGAAACUGUGGAAAGAGCACCUGGGAGCUGAGCAUGGUAGGAUCUUGAAGAGAAAAGUAGCUGGGAUCGACGGGAAGAGGAAGGGAGGAAUGGCAUCCCGAGAGAGGCUGUAUGAGCUUUGGAUGCUUUACUGCAAUAAGAAAGAUCCAGAUUACCUGAAGCUCUGGUUGGAUAGUUUUGUGUCUAGCUAUGAACAGUUUCUGGAUGUGGACUUUGAGAAGCUGCCAACAAGGGUGGAUGACAUUCCGCCUGGAAUAUCACUGCUUCCUGAUAACAUUCUUCAGGUCCUCAGGCUCCAGUUGCUACAGUGUGUCCAGAAAAUGUCAGAUGGCCUGGAAGAGCAGCAGCAGACUCUGUCACUUUUGCUUGUGAAAUUUUUUAUCAUCCUUUGCAGGAACUUGGCUAACGUGGAAGAGAUUGGAAUGUGUUCAUACAUUAACCAUGUUAUCACCAUGACUACGUUGUACAUUCAGCAGUUAAAAAGCAAAACAAAAGAAAAAGAAGUGGAGGAUCAGACCCCCAUAGAAGAAUUUGUGAGACAUGCAUUGGCUUUCUGUGAAAGUCUGUACGAUCCAUAUCGAAACUGGAGGCAGCGAAUUGCAGGACGUUUCCUUAGUACAGUUGAAAGGAGCAGACAGAAGUAUAAACCAGCUUCCCUCACUGUUGAGUUUGUCCCUUUCUUUUACCAAUGCUUUCAAGAAAGUGAACAUCUCAAGGAAAGCCUAAAAUGUUGCCUGCUGCAUCUCUUUGGAGCUAUCGUGGCUGGUGGUCAGAGGAAUGCUCUUCAAGCAGUAUCUCCUGCCACCAUGGAAGUCCUGAUGCGUGUUUUAGCAGACUGUGACAACUGGGAUGACAGAAACCCUGAGGAAGUGAGCAGGAAGGCAGAGCUGACUCUGAAGUGCCUGACAGAAGUUGUCCAUAUCCUCCUAACCAGCAGUUCUGACCAGCGCCAAGUUGAGACAAGUACAAUAUUGGAGAACUAUUUCAAGUUGCUUAAUUCAGACCAUUCAGCCUUACCUAAUCCAAGGCGAUGCAGGCAGUGGGAGAGCAGAUUCAUAGCACUGCAGAUCCAAAUGCUGAAUACCAUCACAGCCAUGUUAGACUGCACAGAUAGGCCUGUUCUGCAGGCAAUUUUCCUCAACAGUAACUGCUUUGAGCAUCUCAUUCGACUGUUGCAGAACUGCAAGGUGUUUCAGGGACACCUGGACUCCUUGGCAGUAUCAACCAUUCAAGCCCUCACAGCAGUAAUGCACAAGUCUCCAGCUGCAAAGGAGGUCUUCAAGGAGAGGAUUGGGUAUGCACACAUAUUUGAGGUACUAAAAUCACUGGGUCAGCCAUCACGGGAAUUGCUGGAAGAACUCAUGAAUAUGGCUGUUGAAGGUGACCACAUGGCUGUUGGGAUACUAGGCAUCAGUAAUGUCCAGCCCUUAUUGCUGCUUAUCCAGUGGCUUCCAGAGCUAGAAUCACACGAGCUGCAGAUUUUCAUCUCCAGUUGGUUGAGGCGCAUCUGCUGUAUUGACAGACAGAGCCGUGCCACGUGCGUCAACGCCAACAUGGUGAUCCGGAUCAUCGAGACCCUCAGCUCCCGCUCGGUGCUGCACGGCACUUGCGCGGAGAACCUGGUGGCGCUGCUGGGCUCCCUGGGGAGCCAGUCCAUGGGCUCGGAGGAGCUGCUGCGGCUGCUGCGGCUGCUGCGGCCCGAGGAGGCGCGGGGCGCUCACCCGUACGUGGUGCCGGUGCUGCGCGCGCUGCUGGCCAUGGCGCGCAAGCAGGGCCUGGCCAGCGCCCUGCAGUACUUCGACCUGCGCCACAGCAUGGCCGGCAUCGCCCUGCCCGCCGUCCACAGGUGGCCGGGCUCCGCCUUCUCCUUCAACGCCUGGCUCUGCCUCGACCAGGACCGCGUGGAGCCCGGCGCCGCCGGCAAAAGCGGCAAGAGGAAGCAGCUCUAUAGCUUUUUUACAGCAAGUGGUAUGGGGUUUGAAGCCUUUAUUACGUGCACUGGGGUAUUGGUGGUUGCAGUGUGCACGAAGAGAGAAUAUGCAACAGUGAUGCUGCCUGACCAUUGUUUUUUUGACUCUCUCUGGCACAACAUAACUGUUGUUCACGUGCCUGGAAAGAGGCCUUUUGGUCAGAGCCUUGUGUAUAUCUAUGUCAAUGGACAGCAGAAGGUCUCUGCCCCACUUCGAUUCCCUGCUAUGAAUGAAUCUUUUACUUCUUGCUGCAUUGGUUCAGCUGGUCAAAGAACAACAACUCCUCCUCCAUCUCAGAUUCCAGAUCCACCUUUUUCCUCCCCAAUCAUGCCCCAUCGGACAUCGCUCGGGGGCAUUCUUGCUACAGGAGGUUGGGGUGGGGCGCUUGGAAAACCAGAGUUCAUCACCAAAAUGAUCUCAGCAGGGACUCAGGACAGUGAAUGGGGGUGUCCAACAUCUUUGGAGGGCCAGCUUGGAUCAGUUAUUAUCUUUCAUGAAGCACUGCAACCUUCUCAGGUGAAAGCAUUAUAUUUAGCAGGUCCGAACUGUUUAACUCCAUGGAAGUCUCAAGAAGCUGAAAUAGCAGACCUGCCCAGUAAGGUGCUGCUUCAUUAUACACCAAAGGCCUGCAGAAGCCCAAUUUGCCUUGACUUGUCAGCGAAUCUUUUACAUGGAAGACUAACUGGAAACAAAGUAGUGAAUUGGGACAUCAAGGAUAUGAUCAACUGUAUUGGUGGAAUAAAUGUGCUGUUUCCGUUGCUGGAGCAGAUCAGCUUUCUUGGUGGACAAAUGCUUGAGAAGUCUGAAGGAGAAAUUCUUCCUCCAGAACUAGUAACUCCUGUAGAGGGUGACUGGGUUGUAUUUUCAUCCCCAAAGGCAUCAGAAGCACGUCUGGAGAAGAACAUAGUUGCAACUUUCAUCUUGAUGGUAAAACACUUUAUUCAGGGACAUCAUGUCAAUCAAGAAAAUCUCAUUCACUCCCAUGGAGUUGCCACCCUAGGAGCCUUGUUACAGAAGGUGCCAAGAAUCUUAAUGGACGUGAAUGUCCUGAUGGCUGUACAGUUGUUGAUAGAACAAGUCUCAGUAGAAAAGAACAUGCAGCUUUUGCAACAGAUGUAUCACCACUUACUUUUUGACUUCAGCAUCUGGAACAGUGGUGACUUCCCCUUCAGAAUCGGACAUAUCCAGUAUCUUUCUACAAUCAUCAAAGACAGUAGAAGACUCUUCAGAAAGAAGUAUGGCGUGCAGUUUCUUCUGGACACACUCAGGAUUUAUUAUGGGAAUGGCUGUAAAGACAGUGAUUUGGCUCCUGAUGACCUGAGAACAAUACGGACAUCCCUGUAUGGACUGAUCAAAUAUUUCCUGAGCAAAGGUGGAACACAUGAGGAAAUUCAGAGCAUUGUAGGAUACAUAGCUGCCACCAGUGACGAGGAGCAGCUUUGUGGAAUUUUGGAUGUUCUCUUCAGCCUACUUCAUUCCAGUCCAACCCCAGACCAGCUUUUUUUACUGCUCUUUGAACCAGGGAAUGCUGAUAUUCUUUAUGCUCUGUUAUUGCAUCAAAGAUACUCUGACAGGCUUAGAGAACUUGUGUUCAAGAUUGUGGAAGAGAUGCUGAAAUGUACCAAAGUUUAUGAACGGAGCAAGCACCGUAUAAGACUCAGAGAAGUGGGAUACUCUGGGCUGGGACUCCUUCUGAAUGAAUCACCAGUUACUGUUUCUCUUAUUAAAAACCUUCUUAACCAAGUUCUGUAUGCAGAUCCUGCUGUGAAUUAUAAAGAUCUUCUAGCUGUAGUGUAUCUGGCUCAUAGAUCAGAUAUAAACAUGAGAGUGAUUAUCUGUAGAAAGAUUUUGCACCUUUUGCAUUCCCAAUUGGAUGCAGCACAACAAAUCUCUCAGCAGCUGGGCUGGCAGGACACUUUGGUUAGACUGUUCCUGAAAGAAAACUCCGAGGUCCGGAUUGGUUUUAAGGAGAACAGGACUGAUUCCUCCAGGGAAGAGGAAAAAAAGCCUCCUAGCGAAGAGCUUCAGAAACAUCAAGCUGAUAAAACAGAGAAAGCUGGCAGCUUUGGAUCAGUUAAUGGUCUGUUUGAUCAAUGGAGUUUAGAAGACAACAAAUCCCUGGAUGUCCCUGCCCAUUUCUCUGUUAUGCCGCUGGAAGAUGCAUCCACAGCAGAGAUGUCUUUUAGUUCAGAGGGCCGAGAAGAAUUGUGGCACAGUAAUCCUUCACAUUUGAGUUUAGAUUUGUCCAGUGUUGACUCUUAUGAUCUGGCUGAUGUUGGGAAUCAGAUGACAGACAGCCAGCCCAGCACUCCCUCACCCACAGAGAGCACAAAGCCCUUCUCCGGGCAGCCUGACAGAGAGCUGGGUGUUACCAGUGAUGUGGGCUUCACUGCUGAGCUUUCUCUAUUGGAAAACCAAGGAGGGAGUGAUAAUGAACUCAUACAGUUACUUACAGACAUCCUACUGUGUAUAAUGUGGAAAGGUAUUGAAAAAUCGGAUGAUGAUGCUUGGAUUGAGAGAGGACAGGUGUUCUCUGCUCUCACCAAACUGGGGAUGUCUAACGAGUUGCUGCGGCCUUCUGAUGAGAUAAAACUCAACUUGCUGGAGAAGAUGUUAGAAUGGUCAGUCACUGAUAACAGAGAUUCAAAAGCUCUCCCUACACAUGCUGAAAAUGCCUUCAAGCUCUUGCUAAUUGUGCAAGGUUUCCUGCAGGCAGAAGGACUAAUUAAUUCAAAUUUAUGGACAGAAAAGCUCUUGGAAGAACUAGUGACUCUCAUGGAUAGCCUGUCAGUCUGGUACUCUGCUGGCCUAGAAGCAAUUAGGCUUUCACAGGUGCAAGUUCAGCUGCUCCUUGGAUUCAUUGCACAAGACAACUUACAGGUCUGUGCUAUGGCAGCUGCCAAAUUAAACACCCUCCUUCAGACCAAAGUAAUUGAGAGCCAGCCUGAAGCAUGCUACCUCCUGGGGAAGUUGGAAGGCAUUUUGAGUAGGUCAAUUGAAGAGAAGACAGAAACUUACUCAUUUUUGAUUCCCCUUGUUCGGACAUUGGUAUCCAAGAUUUAUGAACUUCUCUUUAUGAACCUGCACCUUCCUUCAUUGCCUCCUACCAAUGGCAGCCCAUCUUUCUUUGAGGACUUUCAAGAAUAUUGCAGAUCUGACGAGUGGCAAGUUUAUAUUGACAAAUAUAUUAUUCCAAAUAUGAAGCAAUAUGAAGAGAAUUCAUUCAGACAUGAUAAUGAGCAGAUGGCACUUUAUUGGAAAGAUUGUUACGAAGCAUUUAUGGUGAACAUGCACAAACGAGACCGGGAAAGAGGAGAAAGUAAGCUUAAAUUUCAGGAGCACUUUGUGGAACCGUUCAGCAGGAAGGCUCGGCAGGAAAAUCUGCGCUACAACAGCAUGCUCAAACAGCUUAGCAGCCAGCACACAGCCACACUGAGACAGUGGAGAGCAGCCCAGCUUUACUUGUUCUCUGAGCGUGGGCCUUGGGCUGAAAGGAAACACCGUCCUGUUCACUGGAAACUUUCAAAUGUGGAAAAUUUUUCACGUAUGAGAUUAAAACUAGUGCAGAAUUACAACUUCAACUCUCAUCAGGAUGCUAGUGAUCUGAGAGAUAAUUUAGGUGUGUACCAGACACAGCCCUCUAGUGAGUCUCUGCUUCUGGAGGUGGUGAAGCAGGUGAAAGUGAGUGACUUGGAAGAUGAUAUUCUGGAACUACCAGAAGAAGAUACAGCAGCCAGUUCCAAUUUGGAUGAGAAGGAUGAAGAAAGUCAGAAAGAAAAGUUAAUAUUGUCUGAAGACUGUGAACUCAUUACAAUAAUUGACGUGAUACCAGGCAGGCUGGAGGUCACUACCCAGCACAUCUAUUUCUUUGAUGGUAGCAUUGAGAAAGAGGAAGGGGUAGGUUUUGAUUUCAAAUGGCACCUUUCCCAAAUUCGAGAGAUCCAUUUGCGUCGGUACAACCUGAGGAGGUCAGCUUUGGAGAUCUUCCUCACGGAUCAAACCAACUAUUUCCUCAACUUCAAUAAGGAGGUACGAAACAAAGUAUACAGUCGGAUAUUGUCGCUGCGCUCUCCAAACAUUUCUGGGACCAGAUCUCCACAGGAACUUUUCAAAGCAUCAGGUUUGAUGCAGAAAUGGGUGAAUAGAGAAAUAUCCAACUUUGACUACCUUAUUCAGCUGAACACCAUGGCAGGACGAACUUACAAUGACCUUGCUCAAUAUCCUGUGUUUCCCUGGAUUUUACGAGAUUACACCUCAGAAGAACUGGACCUGAAUAAUCCUGCAGUAUUUAGGGACCUGUCCAAACCCAUAGGCGUGGUAAAUGAGAAGAACGCUAAGACUGUAAAAGAGAAAUACGAGAAUUUUGAGGAUCCUCUUGGGAUGAUUGACAAAUUUCACUAUGGGACACAUUACUCAAAUGCUGCUGGUGUCAUGCAUUACCUCAUUCGGGUAGAGCCUUUCACAACACUUCAUAUCCAGCUUCAGAGUGGCAGGUUUGACUGUGCUGACAGACAGUUUCACUCUAUUCCUGCCACCUGGCAGGCACUCAUGGACAACCCCAAUGAUGUCAAGGAACUUAUCCCAGAAUUCUUCUACUUUCCAGAAUUCCUGGAGAAUCAAAAUGGUUUUAACUUAGGCCAGCUUCAGAUGUCAAAAGAAGUGGUAAAUGAUGUUGUUCUGCCUAAGUGGGCCCACUCCCCAGAAGACUUUAUUUAUAAACACAGGAAGGCUCUGGAAUCUGAGUAUGUUUCUGCUCAUCUUCAUGAAUGGAUAGAUUUGAUUUUUGGCUACAAGCAGAGGGGACCAGCUGCAGUGGAGGCGCUUAAUGUGUUCUAUUAUUGUACUUAUGAAGGGGCUGUGGAUUUGGAUGCUUUAACAGAUGAGAAAGAAAGGAAAGCUUUAGAAGGGAUGAUAAACAAUUUUGGACAAACUCCCUGUCAGCUGUUAAAGGAGCCCCAUCCACAAAGGCUGUCAGCAGAAGAGGUAGUGCAAAGACUUACUAAAAGUGAUACCUCUACUCUGAAUAUCUUCCAGCACCUCACUGAGCUGAAGUCAUUCUUCAUAGAGGGAAUUAGUGAUGGUGUGCCCAUUGUCAAAGCUGUUGUCCCCAGGAAUCAAUCACGUUCCUUUAUUUCUCAGGGAAGCCCAGAGAUCUUGGUAACAACAAGUCUGAACUGCGUUAUUGGAACUCAUGGUUGGCUGCCUUAUGACAAAAAUAUUUCCAACUAUUUUACAUUCAUCAAAGAUACAACAGUGACAAAUCCCAAAACACAGCGCAGCAUGAGUGGUCCUUUUGCCCCAGGGCUGGAGAUCACCUCCAAGCUGUUUGCAGUGUCCCAUGACGCAAAGCUGCUCUUCAGUGGCGGACACUGGGACAACAGCAUCCGAGUGACAUCCCUUACGAAAGGCAAACUGAUGGGACAGCACAUCAGGCACAUGGAUAUUGUGACCUGUUUGGCAAUAGACCACUGUGGAAUUCAUUUGAUUUCAGGCUCCAGAGAUACUACCUGUAUGAUAUGGCAAAUAGUUCAGCAGGGAGGAGUGCCUGUAGGCCUGGCACCUAAGCCAUUACAGAUCCUUUAUGGGCACACUGACGAAGUUUCGAGUGUUGGCAUCAGCACUGAACUGGAUAUGGCAGUGUCAGGAUCCAGGGAUGGCACUGUCAUUGUCCGCACUAUUCGGAAGGGUCAGUACGUGAGGACUCUGCGGCCGCCUUGUGAGAGUUCUCUCCUGCUGACUGUUCCCAAUCUGGCUGUGUCCUGGGAAGGCCAUAUAGUUGUCCACACCAGCGUGGAAGGAAAGACUACUCUCAAGGAUAAGAAUGCAUUACAUCUCUAUUCUGUCAAUGGGAAAUAUCUGGGUUCUGAGACUCUGAAGGAGGAGGUGUCUGAUCUGUGUGUAACUGGUGAAUAUAUCGUGAUGGGCAGCUUGCAGGGAUUUCUUUCCAUACGGGAUCUCUACAGCCUGAGUCUCAGCAUCUCUCCUUUAGCCAUGAGACUGCCAAUUCAUUGCAUUUCUGUCACCAAAGAGUACAGCCACAUCCUUGUUGGCUUGGAGGAUGGCAAGUUGAUUGUCGUUGGUGUUGGCAAGCCAGCAGAGAUGCGCUCAGGUCAGCUUUCCCGAAAGCUGUGGGGAUCAAGCAAACGGCUCAGCCAGAUUUCAUCAGGAGAGACUGAAUAUAACACUCAAGAUUCCAAGUGAUUGCUGCUUCUGCCUUCUCUCAUGGAUUCCAGAAAAAUAUUUAAUCUUUUGGUCACUUUAAAUGUAUAAAUAUGUAAUUGGGGCUUUGAUUCUUAAGUCUGUUGAUGAAGAACCUAUGGUAUAGAAGUAAGCCUAUGUACUCAUGCAAGUUAGCUUACUUGCAUAUUUGUCCUUAACUGUGUUCACUUGUUCACAGCAAACUCCCUCUCUCAACAGCUGCUAAAACUGUGUUUUGGGAGGGUUAUAAAAACCCCAAACAAUCCCCCUACAAGUCUCCAAACCCCCAGAUUACUAAUUGAAUUUAAGAUAAGUAAUAAGAUUUGAUUUAAAGCUGAGCAGGGCCAGAUGCUCCUUGAUAACAAACAAGAUAUUUGGCUUUGCUUUGACAGCACUGUUAUUCCCCAGUAAAUUGAAACUCUGGUAGUUGCAAUGGUUGGAUUCAGAAUUGGAUAGAUGAUGGUUACAACCUUCUCAAUACAUUUGUUAGCCUAAUGAACUUUAUUGCAGUUUGUUCUUGUAAAUGGCUAUUGCUCUCUUCUUUUGUAUAGUUCCAAUUUUAGGCUGUUUGCAAGGAACAUCUGUGUUGCACUACUUUAUCAGAAAUUGUUUUAAGUACAGACAUGAAUAACUUCAAAGGAGUUGGAGGUGGUGAAGGAGCUGAAGGAGGUAGGAAAUAUUGCUGCUGAAAAUUAUUUAUAUUGUUAAGUAAACUUAAGACAUACACUAAGAAAUCCCAUUAUAUAUUUAAUAUCUUGCAGAAAUAUCCAGGAACACUCAUUAUCUAUAUUGGUCAAAUAUUAAUCUGCUUCAUUAGAAGGCAACUCCUGCAAACAAAAGAUAAAUUUCCACUGCAGAAUCAUUAUGUAACAUUGCAGCACAAUUCAAUUAAAAAUAGCACCUGUUUGUUUCUUGGCUUGGUGUUCACCUAACCAGUUGUUAGCCAUAUUUCUUUUUCCUGUAAAAAUAAGCAGGGAAAAAGAGACAAUAUAUCCAUUUUUCAAAAUGCAGUUAAGACCUGGUAAAACAAAAUAUCAGAUCCUUAUGUGUGCUGUAUCAAAUUGCUUAAUAUCUUUUGGAGAAACCAUUACUGUUUUUUUUGUUUGUUCGUUUAGCAAUAGAUGAUGAUAGAAGGGUGUGCGUUUUCCUAUCAAUCUGAUAUUUUUCUAAUGUUACUGAUUGAAAUUAUAAACUCUAUACUGUUAGAAGAGCUGGGUGCUGAGAGAAAAAUAUGAAUUUCCAGAUCAGCGUGCAAAGGUGUGUGUGUAUGUGUAUAUAUGUGUGUGUGUAUAUAUGUAUAUUCAUGUAUGUAUUAAAAGAAGAAAAUCCCAUGGGGUGAGGGAGCACAGAUACAAGGCAGGUGUAAGUCAUUGUUAGCUUUGUUCCCUUUUGGGUCCCUCUUUCUUCCCUAUAUCAUUGCCUUUUUUGUUAUUUUUUAUUUAUUUAUUGAAAUGAAUGUGUGUUGUAUCUCUCAUAAAUGUUAUCAGAUAUUCCCUGUGGCUGGGGAGUUGUUGAACUACCUGAGGAAUAUAAUGUAGAAUCUUAUUUCAUUAACUUUAAGCACAAUAUUUAUUAGCUUUAUAGAAAUAAUAAUACCUCCUUACUCUGCUAAAGGAUAAUCUUUACAAGUUAUGUUAGUCUCAUUCAAACUGAUUUCUCCUCCAGUGUCUUUACUGGAAAAAAAAUCCCUCUUGAUGGCUGAUUGGUCUACUUUGUGAAGAAAGUUGUGUUGCAUUUUCUUAACUUUUGUAAAUGAAAUAAUAAAUCAGAUUAGUGAACAAGUGGGUCUAUGCAUAGUUGCAAUAUUCUGCCUAAUCACUGUGACAGACUGGAUUGUCUGGAAAGUUAGGAGAAAAUAAGAAUUAUUUUCCUGAGUCACUUGCCAAGAAAGGAUUAAACUUCCAAAAGUAGAGUGGUGUGGGUUUUUUCAUACUCCAUGUAUGUAAAAAAAAAGUAAGUUAACCCACAUCUUGUAUUUUCAUAUAAGCUAUAGAGAGGUGAAAAAUACUAUUUUUCAUCAAUUACCUAUCCAAUAAGAAUAUUAAGGAUACUGUGGAAGUAUUAAAAUUGUUCAUGAGAAUGUGAAGUAUGUUUGUCCAUUAUGAUUUCAUGAAGAAGGGAUUUCAGGGGAGCUGUUUGGAGAGCAGUAUUUCAGCUCAGAAGGUGAGAUCUUUCUGUGUUAUGGGAGAUUGAAAACACUCAGUUGGGGCAUUGAGUUGAAGGAUUUUAUAUGUAUGCAUAAAUGUUGUGUUUAAAUGCAUAGACAAGGCUAAGUGUUUAUUUGGAGGGGAGGGGGCAGGAAAUAAUCAUGUUUUAGACUGAGAAUCAAGUGGGAAAAGGGAGAUGGGUGUAAAGUAGUGUUUGGUCUAGCACAGUUUUCUACUUGUGAGUUGCACAGAGGGGUUUGCAUAUGCAUUUGAAAACAUCCUGUUGUGGGUUAGGUACGUUUAUACAACAGUUGAAUUAACAUUUUUAGUAGUUCAAUAUUAAAGAGUACUGAAUACAGUGUGUCAAUUUAAGUAAAAUAUAAAGUUGCAAUAAUUGAAAUAGUUUAUGAUGAAGACCUUUUGACAUUUGAAUACCAUCAUGUCAGUGUAUCACAAGCACUGGGUGAUCAUCACAAAGACCUGGGACAGGUUCAAAUGUGGACAGUUCUUGGGCUCUCAAACUCAAGGCUAGUCUUUGCUUAGUACAAAGCAGCAGCAGCAGAAUGAGGAGGGGCAGGUGAGCUCUGAGCUGCUGCUUUAUGCCCCAGGUAGAGUGGCAGCAUCCAUGGCCUUUGGAUCUUCUCUCUGGUCUUUAGGGGUGGGAGGUGUACACCAUCACAUGCUUGGCAUCCUUGCCAGAGGCCAUCUGGAAGGACCUCCAUAGCUUGGAAGGUCUGCACUUUAUCUCUUAUUUAAAACCAGCUUUAAAUAAAAGAUGAGUCGCAAGUCUGAGCAUUAGCUAAUAUGUUGUUUCUUGUAGGUUUAACUUAUUUGCGGAAGAAAUAUACAAUAAUGUUUAAAAAUGGAAAAUAAUUUUUCUGAUUAGCUGUUUAGGUCAGUUGAAUUGCAGCCUAUUAUUCAGUGCACUGUGAAUUGGUGAACUGACUUUCAUAAUUCUUUGAUUUCCUCAAGUCAAUACAGCUUAGGAUCCAGUUUUAUUUUUCAGGUAGUAUUGGUGAAAUAAGAUUCUCCUUUGGUUUUGAUCAAAGAUUUAAGUGUAAAAAGUAAAGUUUUGAGAUGAGAGGAUUCAAAUGAGGAAUUUAGAACAAACAAGUCUUAAGUGACAUUUGUUUCAUAGCACUACAUUUGUCAAGAUCUUUCUUGUGAUAGCUUCAUAUGUUCAAUUUUUGGAACAACUGUAAUAAUAUUUAUCAAAGUUUAACAUAUGCUUAUCUUUGAAGAUGAGUAAGACUGUAAAUAUAUAUAUCUAAAAGAAACUGAAAACUGACCUACUUUUCACAUCUGUAUAUAAAUGAGAUCAAGUAGUUAGCAGUAUUAACUUCUUCAUAGCAGUUUUGAAUUUACAUACCAAAGGAUAUUUAGAUGAAAUGUCUCCUUUAUUUCAAGUAAAAUGUUUGUUAAAUUACUCUAAAUCAAUUUACUUAUAAUUCUUGAUAGUAUUUUUAGUUCUCUUUUUAGCUAUAGUGAAGAAUCCCAUCUAGUCUGGGUUUGAAUUAUACAAGCAUACAGAAAGUGAAAUGCUUUUCGAGUUAGCAUCUGACUAAGGCAGAGUUUUCUGUACCAAUAUUCUUAUCCAUUACUUGCUCAUAGGAUAUCUAGAAACCACAUCUUCUGUCAUUCAUGUACCUUACCAGCACAACAUAAUAAUUCCAGUCCUAAAGUAACUGCAUUUGUCCAGAUGGUUAAUACACUUUGUGGAAAUUAGGUUUUCUUAGGAAAAUAAUUAAUUGUUUGGUAUUAAAAAGAGGAAAAAAAGAAACAUAAACCAACAAAACCUCCCACAACUUCCUCCCCCCAAAAAAUCCAAACUCACCCACAUUGUAAUCCAUAUUGUAAUCCAUAUAACAAUGGUUUUGCUAAUCUGCAACAUUGAUAUAAACAAGCAUUUCUCCCUCUGGCAUACCUUAGACCAUGCAUAUUAUCACAAAACAGGUUUAUCAGUCUUCACAGGCUUUAAAUGGUCAAGUCAAUUGACUGUCUUACAAGGAUCCCCUUGAAAAUUGUAUUUCUUUGUCCUUUAAAUGACUAUAAAGAACUAAGUUUCUGCACUGGAGAAAUUUUUAAAAAUAAUCCCGCAGGAAUGAUAAAUUUAUUUUUGUAAUGCACAGAUUAGGUAACUCCUGCUUUAGUCAAUGGGAGCUGUAUACCUCACUUCCCUAAACCAUGUCUUCCUCCUCCCUGUUUCCUUUGCAAACCUUUCCCAAUCUUAAUUAACAAAAUCAUUAGAAAAGAUUAGUAAAGGAACCAAAUGCUGCACAGAGCUUUUACUGUGUACAUGUAUUUAGUUGAAAAUGUGUAUCUGUAUACAGAUUAUAGAAUGGUAGGGAGCUUUAGAGCUAGAAGGAGGUGUAGAGAUGUCAACCUCCUUUUGCUCCUAUAUUGAGAGUUUCUGUAGACACAUGCUCUGUAUUGUCACCUGAAACAUUCCUGUCUUCCACUACUAAAGGCACCUUGCUGACCAUGUUAAAUGCUGAGGAGAGGUGCUGUGAAUAUUUUUUUUUCCCUUUCAGAGAAUUACAAAAAAAGAAAUGUGCACAUACAAAUGCAUAUCCUAAUGUGAGCUUAGGGCUUGAUCUAAUAAGUACUUAUGCGAAAGCACUACAUAGGGUUAUAUUUAUUUGGAUGGAAAUUCAAGCAUGUGCUUCAGUACUUUCUAGGUCUUUUUAUGCUUUCUGGCUUAGAAGCUGCGUUGGUUUUGGCUGCAAACAUGACACGUGUUGGUAGUCUCCUUUUGGGGAGAGUAAGUUUCCAUGGUAUCAUACACAUGUGGGCUCAUUGUAUGCCAAUGUUAGAGUC